CAUCAAAAGUAUCUCUGGUGUUAUACACCACUGUUGGAUGAGAGCGUGAUUUUGUGAUUCUCGCAGUGCAGCGUGGGAUAGCGGAGGCGCAACCGACCGAGAGAAAUGGAUGUGUUUCUGAUGAUCCGGCGUCACAAGACGACCAUCUUCACUGAUGCCAAAGAGUCAACUACGGUCUACGAGCUGAAGCGCAUAGUGGAGGGUAUCCUAAAGAGGGCACCGGAGGAACAGAGGCUGUACAAGGAUGACAUGUUGCUGGAGGAUAGUAAGACUCUUGGAGACUGUGGUUUCACAAAUCAGACAGCCAGACCUCAGGCCCCAGGGACUGUUGGAUUAGCAUUCCGUCUUGGUGAUGAUGCAUUUGAGCAGCUGAGGGUUGAGCCCUUCUCCAGCCCCCCAGAGCUUCCUGACGUCAUGAAGCCUCAGGACUCUGGCAGCACAGCCAAUGAGCAGGCCGUGCAGUGAGGGAAGGAAGCAGGCAGGGAGGGAGGGACAUAGGGGGGGAUCUGGGAAGUGGUGCUUUGGAUUAGGUAGGCCGGCUUUACAGACUGCUUUAGGGAAACAUGCGAGUGUACCUGUGAGAUCUUUAACUUUGCAGGAAGAACAUGAAUUCCCUCACACAGAGGGGAGUAUUUUCAUGUUAUUCCUGAACAAYGCUCACGCAUGUUUAGAUUCACUCACAAGAUCCCUCAACAAACAUUUCUAAUUUGUCAGGCCACUGUCAGUAAGGGGGUUGGGAAAAAAUUAAAAAUGCAUCAUACCUCAUUUAAUUCAUACUAGUCUUUUGGGGAGGGUGUAGCCUGUGUUUUGGCUUGGUGGGGAUUUGAGAAGGGAGUGGCUAUUACAUUUUUAGAAUGCCCUCUUGCUGAUUGCGUUUCUCUUUAUUCAAUAUCAAUAUUACAAUUUAGCGUUUUUUAAUUACUCCUUGGGGUGGUAAUAUGUGGAGCAACAAAGGGUUUGUUAUUAGCUUAUCUAGAUAACAUGUGCAUGAAUGGAUCUGAAAUAAACACACAAACAUGUUGAUGCCAUGACAUAAAAUG